AUGCCCCCCUUCUUGGAGAUCUACUCAUACAAUCCACCCGAUGCACUCGCAUGUGUGGAGCAUCAGCGCCGUGAAAUCGCUCAUCGAAAGCGUCUUCACGCCAAACAACAUGAACAUGAUGAGCAGAAAUCUCUGCCCCCGUUGAUCCCAACAAUGCAAGCCCCUUUUUCAGAUGGUAUGUCUGGCUUCUGUUUCUUCUUCACGUCGAACAGCUACCUACAGGCGACGUUUGCGAAGGACGAGGGUGGAACAGGCCCCUGGUGGAUUUAUUUCGAUCGGAAUCUCCCAUCUGUAGUCAAGAAGCUGGAUAUUCUCAAACGCCUUCAAGAACCACCAACUGAUUUUGAAACUUUUGUGGAUGGCUAUGCUUUUGUCAACUCAGAUGUCCGCGAUAUAGAUGUCAAUAUUACGAAUAAUCAGACCGGGAUGAGUAUGGGCAAUCGAUUACGGACUCCACGAACCGCCCCCACCGGCAUCGCUCGAUGA